AUGGUGGCUGCCAGGGUUCGGGUUUCCUGGCCCUCUUCUUGUUUGAGCUCCUCCCUGUUUACGGGACCUCCUCUCCCUCUCUUCCUCCUUCCCUUCUUUCCUUUCCUCGUUGGCACCCUCUUCUGGUGCUCGGACUUGCCUUAGCCGAGUCUCUGUAGACAACGUAGGCUUUCUCCUCUGCACUCUGAUUACCCGAGCCUUGGGACAGAGCCGGUUGAGAUGCACAACCAGAUCUUCUGCGGUAUUGUUCUCGACUACACUCUUGCGUCUCCAUCAUCUCCAGUGCGGUUCCCUCUCAGGGCCAACCAUCCUGCUCACGGCUAGGAUGUCCGAUAGGAUAGGUAGUCGGCACCUAGGGCCUAAACCAUCAAGCCAAGAAGCAGACGAUCCUGGCUCUCUCCUAGGCCGAAUUCGACUAUAAGAGGAAGAACAAACAGAACUUUCACUAGAAAAUGCAGGGAAAAUUCAUACCCACAAGAGAGUUAAUCUCAAAAGGUUAUAAAAUGCACUUGCAACUGCGUGGAAAACCAAUUAGUGUACAAAUUAAGGAAUUGGGUGCGGCUUUUUGGACUUCCCUAUGGGCUUCAUGGUGAGACAGCUGGAUAUAUACAAAAUUGGAAGUAAUAUGGGAAAAAUUCUUAAAGUGGAUGAAUGCUUCACCCGAGCUCUAUUGAAGGAAGAUGGGGAGAAGGUAUCUUACCCCUACAAAACAUGGCUACGUGCAAAAAAUGAUUAUUGGGGACCAGAGACUUUUGUGGAGCUGGUUGUGUCUGAUAGCAAGUUGCUAUCCCGAAAGCAUCAAAGAAGAAAAACCAUACUCUGCGGAAGACUUGGAAAAGAUUUGGACGUGGAUUGCUACUAUCCCCAAGUAAGAAAAAGGAAGGGAAAGGGAAAAGGAAGUCAACUUUGGACUAGGGUUGCAUUUGAAGAUGGAAGGAUGCCUAAGGUGAGGCUAGAUGACUCAGGUGGUGUUGUGGCAAUGCAGAUGGAUGUCAUCCAUCUGCAGGUUAGAAGUUCACCUAAGUUUUGACAAAGUAUUGUAGUGCUAAGAAACAUUAUAUUAUGAUGUCUUCUAAUCUCCCGUGUUAACAUUAGAUGAUAAAAUAGUAAUUAUGAAUACUGAAUAUAAAGUUUCAGAAUAAUCCUUUUAGGUCUAUAUAUAUCUCUAUUAAUACUUUUAUGUUGUAUUCUGAUAUUUAAAAGUUUUCAAUACUUAAAUGUUCUAUUUGUCAUAAACAUUAGCUCUUUUC